AUGGCCAUAAUCAUUCGUAUUCCUUUGUGGGUUGGUCCUCUUGGCUUCCAAGCGAUGCAUAUGACUGAAUAUGGUGCUGUUAUUCUCUAUCAAUGUGCUCUCUCUAGGACUCGCUUCAUACCUACCCAUUCAGCUCUCGGAGCACACCACUCUCGCACUUCUUUCUCGUUCUCCCCUUUCUUCUUCUUCGCUGAAACCCUUUUUUUCCUAACAGCAAUGGGAGACGAGAAGAAGCCAAAGCCUGCUGCUUCUGGCGUCUGGUCCACCAUCAAGCCUUUCGUCAAUGGAGGAACCGCUGGCAUGCUCGCCACCUGCGUCAUUCAGCCCAUCGAUAUGAUCAAGGUGAGGAUUCAACUGGGGCAAGGAUCGGCUGGGCAGGUCACUUCCAACAUGCUCAAGAAUGAGGGUGUAGCGGCCUUUUAUAAGGGUCUAUCUGCUGGAUUACUCAGACAGGCUACAUACACCACUGCUCGUCUUGGAUCGUUUAAAAUCUUGACAAACAAAGCAGUUGAGGCUAAUGAUGGCAAGCCCCUGCCACUGUAUCAGAAAGCUCUAUGUGGGCUGACUGCUGGUGCUAUCGGAGCAACUGUUGGUAGUCCAGCAGAUUUGGCACUCAUUCGGAUGCAGGCUGAUGCAACUUUACCUGUUGCUCAGCGCCGCAAUUACACAAAUGCCUUCCAGGCACUCUAUCGAAUUGGUGCAGAUGAAGGAAUUUUGGCACUUUGGAAAGGUGCCGGACCUACUGUUGUGAGAGCCAUGGCAUUGAACAUGGGGAUGCUUGCAUCCUAUGAUCAAAGUGUUGAGUUCUUCAGGGAUUCUGUUGGUCUUGGUGAAGCUGCUACAGUGCUAGGUGCAAGUUCUGUUUCGGGAUUUUUCGCAGCAGCUUGCAGUUUGCCAUUUGACUAUGUAAAGACCCAGAUUCAGAAGAUGCAACCUGAUGCUGAUGGAAAAUAUCCAUAUACUGGCUCUCUUGAUUGUGCUGCCAAAACCUUAAAAGCUGGAGGACCCUUGAAAUUUUAUACUGGAUUCCCUGUCUAUUGUGUUAGGAUUGCUCCUCAUGUGAUGAUGACAUGGAUCUUCCUGAACCAGAUUCAGAAAUUGGAGAAAAACUAUGGGUUGUAG